UCCGUUUCCUGUCCUCUUCCGACGGGAAGCCAUUUCCGGCGGUGUUGGCCGUUGCACAGAAGUGACUCCCGGGCCUUUUACUUCGUGUACCAAGCGUUUCAAUUCGGAAAACGGACGCCAAGCCGGAAGAGAAUGGCGGCGGCCGCCCUAAAGAAACUUUGGUCCCGAGGCCGCGGAGAGGCGGGGGACGCGACGGUCGCGAAGCCGGGCGUGUGGGAGCGUUUGGGCAUCUGGUCCCGCGCGCUGCUCCGGGACUACGCCGAGGCCUGCGGGGACGCAGCAGCGGCAGCGCGGGCCCGGCCGGGACGGGCGGCGGUGUACGUGGGGCUGCUGGGUGGAGUGGCGGCUUGUUGCGCCUUGGCGCCGGGCGAGGCGGCCUUCGAGGAGGCGCUGCUCGACGCAUCUGGGACCCUUCUACUGCUAGCGCCGGCCACGCGUAACCGCGAGUCCGAAGCGUUCGUGCAGCGACUGCUGUGGCUGCGGGGCCGCGGCCGCCUGCGCCACCUGAACCUGGGACUCUGUUCGCUCGUGUACGAGGCGCCCUUCGACGACCAGGCCAGCCUCUACCAGGCCCGCUGCCGCUACCUGCAACCCCGUUGGGCCGACUUCCCGGGCCGGAUCCUGGACGUGGGCUUCGCGAACCGCUGGUGGGUGCUUGGGGCCCGUAUGCGCGACUGCGACAUUAACGACGACGAGUUCCUCCACCUGCCUGCGCAUUUACGCGUCGUCGGGCUCCACCAGCUGCACUCCGAGGCCAACGAGCGGCUCUUCGACGAGAAAUACAAGCCUGUCGUGCUCACCGAGGAUCAGGUGGACCAGGCGCUGUGGGAGGAGCAGGUCUUGCAGAAGGAGAAAAAGGACAGGCUCGUCCUGAGCCAGGCCGACUCGUUGGUGCAGUCGGAGGCCCCGAGGUGAAGCCCCGUGGAGCCAGGGUUCGGACGAGGGUUCGAAAGGGCUCCGAGUGCUGGCAUGCUGCCUGGGAUUUUGUGCAGUUGGUGUGAGGGGGCCCAAAUGCAGAGUGCCUCUCGCCGCCAGGUAUUUACAAAUUUGGGGAGCCUUUCUGCUCCUCAUCUUGUUCCUGGUUAGCUGAAGUUAAUCCAGAGCGGCCUUGCUCUAGGGGUUGGGAAGAGUAGAAUGACGUGAUCUUAUAACGUUUAUUAUUGUUAGAGCUAGUAAGGAGGAUUUGACAUAAACUGUUUACCUUGGGCCUUACGUUCCCCCAGCUGAGGUACCACAUUUGUUGUCAGGUCCCACCGCCUGCUCUCCUAAAACUAUGCAGAUGUGGGUUUGUUUGUUUGUUUGUUUGUUUGGAGCAGAAAUGUUUUUAUUCUAUGAUCUGUUUUUCAUUUUUAUAAGUAACUUUUUAUUUUGAAAUAAUUAUAGGCUCAUUGGAAGUUGGGAAAAUAAUAGGGACAACCAGUGUACCUUUCACCCAGCUUCCCCAACGGGUAACGUCUUUCAUAACUAAUAAAGUAUUGCAGGCAAAAAUUGAUGUUGGUAUGACCCUUUGGAUUUUACAAGGAAUUUUUUAUUUAAGUAUCUUUGAGGGAUAAAGCAUUUCUUGAUAUGGAAAUCUAUGUGAAAUCAUAGAUUGUGGUUAUGUUAUACUUCUCUAACCCUGAAAACACAAUUCUGUAGCUGAAAAGAAAUAAGCAAGUAAGUGUACAUAGAUGGUACUUAUAGCAGUUAUAGUGAUCAUACUCUUAAAACGAAAAUGUGAGGGGAAUGAGACUUUAUCUUCAAGAUGGUCUGUGGCUAGUUAAUAAAACUAGGAGGUGAAACAUC